CGUGACUUACUCUGAGGUGCGAGUUCAUUCUUCAUCCCAGGAGCGGAGGAGGGCACCUGACCACUCUGAAAACAAAAGGAUCGUGAGUUCUGAACAUCGAGGCUUCUCUGCCCCGCAGUCUUCAUGGAAGUUACUUUCAGCGGUUCUGGGGAUCAUCUGCUUGGGGCUCCUUGUGUCUGUUGGAAUCUUAAUUACAAAGAAAACAGAGCCAUGGUCAGGAAAUCUCACCUCCAGUCAGGAAACAGACCAGAUGGAAUUGAUUUCAGGAAAUUCAGGGUUUCCCCCACUGCCAACAAAAGUUCAAGGUUGGAAAUGUCACCCUUGUGAGGACAACUGGCACCAGCAUGGGGAAAACUGCUACUCUUUUUCUACACAACCAACUCCUUGGAGAAAUUGUGAAGUUUAUUGUGCUACUCGGUCUUCAAGUUUUCUUAAACUAAAUACUGAAAAAGAAAUGGAUUUUGUACAAAAUUUUUUAAUGAAGCAAUGUCAGAUUCGGACAGAAAAGUUUUGGAUCAGUUUAUAUUACAACAGCAGUGAACGGAAAUCGGCUUGGAAAGAUGGCUCAGCUUUUACCUUGGACAAGCUCCAGUUAAGAAAACCUGACGUUGCCUCUAAUCAUUGCAAAUAUAUGAAAAAUGGUCAGUUAUUUGAUGGAAAUUGUAAAGACCCUGGUUAUUGUAUAUGUAAGAAGACAGCAUAUGGAGAUUAAAUCACUCAUAUGCAGGAUAUAAAAACCAAAAGCAACAAAUGAAUAAACCUGAAAAACAAACAAAAUCACAUAGAUGUCGACAACAGUAUGGUGGUUACCAGAAGGAAAGGGGGUGGAGGGUAGUAAAGGGCAGAGAGGGUCAAAUAUGUGAUGGAAGAAGAUUUGACUUUGGGUGGUGGGCACAUAAUACAAUGUAUCGAUGAUGCAUCAUAGAAUUGUACACAUGAAACCUACAUAAUUGUAUUACUCUAUGUCACUCCAAUAAAUUUAAUUAACAAAAAGAAAGAGGUGUAAACAUUGAAACUUUUCCAGGAUUAUUUUUAACUUUAAGAAAUACUUCAAAAAUAGAAAAUUUAAUAAACCCACAUAUACCCUUCAUCCAGCUUUAAGUGUAUUUAAUUUUCAAAGGUAUUGUGUUUGAAAGUUUUA